AUGGCUCCCACGGCCGCCACCCUGGCCCUCUCGGCCAAGCCACAUGUGCACGCCCUCCUCAAGCGCCUGCACUCCGCCUCGGAGGCCCAGGAGAAGUCCCUCUCCCAGUCGUGGUUCUGGUUCAAGCGCCUCCUCACCUCCCGACUCUUCACCUGGAAAUGGGACGCCUCCGCCGACGACCACAUGCGCGACAAGUUCGUCGCCCUCGAGGAGGACAAGUGCCACUUCAUGUACCUGCUCGUUCGCGGCUCGGGCGCCCUGAACGUCGUCGAGGCCGGCACCAGCUUCGGCGUGGACGUGAGCGGCAGGGUCAUUGCCACGGAGAAGGAGCCGACCAAGGCCGCCCGCGCCAGGGAGCACUGGGCCGAGGCCGGAGACGAGGUGGCCGGCGUCAUUGAGCUCCGCGAGGGCGACCUCCUCGAGACUCUUAAGAGGGACGACAUGCCCGAGCAGGUCGACUUUCUCCUUCUCGACAUCUGGACCCCGUUGGCGCUUCCCACCCUUAAGAUCGUCCAGCCGAGACUCAAGAAGGGCGCUAUCGUCCUUGCCGACAACACAACCAUGGCACGGACGUGGUACAAGGAGUACCUUGACUACAUUCAUGACCCCGUAAACGGUUUCAAGACCACCGAGAUUCCAUACUCCGGCGGACUGCAAAUGUCAGUUUACCUGCCCGGUGAGGUUAACUGA